GCGUUGAACACGGAAGUAGCAAACUCGCACGUUGGAGUACUUCUUGAACUGCAAUCAAGCACACAGAGCAGAGACCUUCAACAUGUCUUACAGCGCAAAGAUAGGCCCGUCAAUACUCAGCAGUGAUCUCGCCUGCCUGGGCAGUGAAUGCGUCCGAAUGAUGGAGUGCGGGGCUGACUACCUGCACCUCGACGUUAUGGACGGGUGAGCAAAUCCAGAGAGCACGCUAGCUAACUAGCAUAGCCUCAGUCCAAUAGAAAUCACAAAUCAGGCAGUUAACUAGCUAACGUUAGCUGUAACACUGUGAAUGAAUGCACAUUUUAGUUAACGUUAGCAAUCACUGCUGCUGCUGUUGACUUGUGAUAAUCUCUUGUUAGAAGUCAAGCUAAAAGUCCUUAUGGGUGAUGUCAACAUCAUGGCAGAUUGCAAAACCAGUCCAUAUUGCAUAACAUUCUGCAACUCUGUUUACGACAUCCUCUGUUCACUUAUCUUUGGUCAGUUUAUGUUUUAUUCAGCACUGUGAUUAGCAUUUUUUGUUAUUGAUCUGCCUGCCUUGUAGCAGCACCAAUGUGACUGGAGUAGAAUCAGUCACAUGAGGAUAAUGAUUUUAUCUCGUUCCCCUGAAGUCAUUUUGUCCCCAACAUCACGUUUGGCCAUCCCAUGGUGGAGUGCCUGAGGAACUGCGUGGGGCCAGACCCUUUCUUUGGUCAGUAAUGAAACCACACUCUGAUAUGGUUACAAUAUAUCCCUGUUGUAUGACAACAAAACAUUGACCUAUUUAUUCUAGCUGAAUGUGCUGACCACAGGUACCAUUAUUACUGACACUGGGGCCACCAUGCUACUUUGUUCUUCUUUGCAUAGAAGCCAUCUCAAAAGUGUCUGUGUGUGUAUGUUUCUCUCCUAUAGACAUGCACAUGAUGGUGUCGAGGCCGGAGCAGUGGGUGAAACCCAUGGCAGCAGCAGGAGCUAAUCAGUACACGUUCCACCUGGAGACCACUACCAAUGCUGGAAAUCUCAUUAAGGAGAUCAGAGAGAGUGGCAUGAAGGUGAGACAGAGAGGCAAAGUUGACUAUAGAAAGACCAGAGGUGAGGUCCAGAUAUGGGAGGUCAGAGAGCGAGAGAAAUGGAUGGUCACAGAUUCAUAGUCAGAGAAAGUUCACAACUAUGUGUCGUCUAACAGUUGUGCGUCUUCACCCAUGUAUGGUAAUGUCACACUGUGUGUGUGUGUGUGUUUUAGGUGGGCCUGGCCAUAAAGCCUGGGACCACAGUAGAGGAGUUGGCCCCAUGGGCAGGACAGAUUGACAUGGCGCUGGUCAUGACUGUGGAGCCUGGCUUUGGAGGCCAGAAGUUCAUGGAGGACAUGAUGCCGAAGGUAGUGUGUUGUGGUUGUGUCUGUCUGUCUAUCAGGCUGCAUUUACACAGGCAGCCCAUCCAAUUCUGAUAGUUUUUGCCACUAGUUGGUAUUUUGACCAAUCAGAUCAGAUCUGUUGGCCAUAAUUGGGCAAAAUAUCAAAAUUGGCCUGCCUGUGUAAACGCAGCCUAUGUGUUAUUUUGUGGCUUAUAUUUGUCUCACUAGAGAGCAUGUGUAUGAUAAACUGCAUGAAAAAGCUUCUUUGUCCUCAUCUGUAAUCUGAUUUAUACACAAGGUCACUCAGAUUCAUUUGAAUGCAGAGGUUUGUUACAAUACCCUCAGUUGACAUUGUGUCAUCUGAGUAUGAAUAAGACAUUUUAGUAAUGUUAUCUGCUUGUGGCAGGUAAGUGACAUGUAGUUUGAAGUUGUCUGAUCAAUGUGUUAGGGGGGUUCUCUGUGUGUCUCUCUGUUUUGUUUGAUUCUCACUGUUUGUUGUCUGUGGAUUUGUGUGUGGCUUGAUUGAAUCUAUUUGUUGUGUCCGUUUUGGACAUGUGGUCCAUGUGUGGCAUAUUUGGGACGUGUCAUUGACAUUCCAUUGUCUGUUUCUGUUUGUCCAGGUUAGUUGGCUGAGGAGUCAGUUUCCCUCUCUGGACAUUGAGGUGGACGGAGGAGUGGGUCCCUCUACCAUCCACAAGUGUGCUGAGGUGUGUACAUGCCUCCCCAUACCAUGCCCCUUUGUGUCCUGAUGCUUAACUGCAUUGUCUUGUUGCUUGUGUCCAUCCAUGGGUGUUCACUGUGUGUGUGUUUCUCUUUCUGUGUGUCUCUCUGGUAGGCGGGCGCUAACAUGAUCGUGUCGGGCAGUGCGGUGGUGAGCAGUGACGACCCUCGCUCUGUCAUCGCCAUGCUGAGGACUGCCGUCUCUGAGGCCAUGCAGAAACGCUCGCUGGACCGUUGACACGCCCCCUGCCUGGAGAUCACCACAGUAAUGCCUCACACCAGAACGCCAUAGCAACAUGCUACUACACCCUGAAGUGGGACAGUCAACAUAUGUUUAUCUUUGGUGGUGAGGGAGGGGUGUGGAAGUGGGUGCCCUGCAGACCAGUGUGCUGAUGUUACAGAUUGAGCCAGUGAGGCUGCGCCCCUGCCCCUCAAUACCCCAGAACAUCAGAACCAACCCCAAAGCCCCACACACUCAGCCAGGAUCACUACUCAACCAACAAUUUACCCACCUACCAGCUUAAGCCUGUGGAUAAAUUAACACUUUAAUGAGAGUGGAACAGUGGUAACGUUGACUGCACACAAUCAUUGUAAACAUUCCUGAAUAUUUUUUUGAAUACUGUUAUGUCACACUAAUGAUAGUUAUGUCUGACAAAAAAAUAAAAAACAGAAUUUAAGGUGUUUUCUUUGCUAGUGGGUGAGAGAGAGUGAGAGGUGUUUGAUACAGGACUGCAGAAUGAGAGGCCAAAUCAUGAAGUUUUUAGGACAGG